AUGUUUCGGCUUUAUGUGAUUUGGAUCUUUGUGGUAACCAUCCUCCAUCAGAAAUGUCUCGCUGUUCCUCAUCUGGGUCGAGGUUUCUGUGCCACCGAGGCUCCGGCAGAAUCACUCAAGGCAGAAUUCAGGCGAUUAAGCGCUCAGCUAGACGACCCUGCCGUCAAUCAGGGCAGCCGAAAGGCAGUAGAGCCAAUUGAGAUAGCAACUUGGUUCCACGUCGUGAGCAGCAAAGCCAGUGGUGAUGUAGUUUCGGAGCAAAUGCUCAAUACGCAGCUACUAUACCUCCAGGAAGCUUACCAAAAUGCGACAAUAACCUACCGCCUAGAAGGUGUGACUCGCCAGACCAAUGACAAAUGGGCACGGAACGAGGACGAAUCAGCUAUGAAAGAUGCCCUCCGCAAGGGGAGCUACAGAACGCUCAAUGUCUACUUCCAGACCGACUUGCAAGCUCCCACAGGCGGAGCGCAAGGGCACCACCUAGGUCUUGCAGAGCAAUUGGCAACCAGUGUUCUGGGUUUCUGCACCCUCCCGGAUCCUGCGAUCAAUAGCACCAGCCCCCGUUCUAGCUACGUCAAAGACGGAUGCAACGUACUUGCAAGAACCAUGCCAGGUGGUUCUCUGGCGCAUUACAACCGAGGCGGAACUGCCAUCCACGAAAUUGGGCACUGGAAUGGCCUCCUUCACACCUUCGAGGGCGAAUCAUGCUCCCCAGAUAACGAGGGUGAUUAUAUAGACGAUACACCCCAGGAAUCUGUGCCGACAGACGGGUGCCCUGUUAUUAAAGAUUCAUGCCCGGAUAGGGCAGGCGUGGACCCGGUGCAUAACUUUAUGGAUUACUCGUCAGACGAGUGCUACGAGCGCUUCACCCCCGCUCAGGUCAAGAGGAUGCGAGACAUGUGGUAUGCGAUGAGAGAUGGGAAAUGA